UAUAAUAGAAUUUCAAUUAUUUUAAUAGGUAAUGACUGAGCACAGGGGUAACUCAUUUUACAAUUCUUGUGUAAAAGUUCCAGUGGAUCCUUACAGUAGGCAACCAACACCUUCUUAUGAACGCCCUAGACCUCUAAAAAAUAAUAAAGACAGCAACUGUAAAAUAAACUUUGCAGAAAAUGAUCAGUUUCUUAAUGAAUCAGAGGCAUCAAACUCUAGAGAAAUUGUUGACAAUUUCUUGGAAUUUUUAGAGAGUAUACCAGAUUAUGGUCAAGUUCAUCAUUUAUCAAAUGAGCAAUUUAAACAAAAAGUAGAUUACCUGAAAAGAAAACAAAGAUUAUUAUUAGAAAAUUUACAAGAUACGCUUACUGCACAAGAAAAUAUAAAUGUGUCUAAACUUUCAACAUCAAAGUGUAAUGAAAUACAAUCAAAAAUUAAAAACAAGAAUGAUAUUAAUGACUUAAAAUUGAAUGGUAAAAAAUGUUACUUUGAAGAAUCUAGAAUUUCUAGUCCUAUGUUCUUCUCUUCUGAUAAAUUUAAUGGGCUCACAGAAGAUCAAGAUCUUUUUACAAAUAGAUGCAGCAGAAGAGAUAAAAGAAAUGAAAAAGUAUAUUCAGCUAGUAAAAACUGUAAAACAUUGAGUAGAUUAAACAGUGAUGAUAGUAUGGAAAGUGAUAUAGACAGUAUAGAAACAAGAAGUUUACCAGCUAGCAUUACAAAGGAAUGGCAUCCUACUGUUCCUCAACCAUUUAGUUUUACACUAAGAGAGGAAGCAGAAAAGUAUAUGGCAAAUGUUGAAAUCGGUAAAGAAGUAAAACAGAAAAAUUUAGGGAAUAAUAAAAAGAAUCUUUAUAGGAAACGACGUGUAAGAUCAAUUCCACUUACAUCUAAGAUUCCUUUAUAUAACAAACUACUAGCAGAAAAAGAAGAAAGGAGUCGCAUAGUCCGCGAAGAAAGUGCUCUAAAUUUAAUGUCUCAAGUUCGCCCUUUUAGGCUCGAAUGUGAUCGGCGAGCUUGGAGAUCUUUAGCAAGAUCUAGUCCAGAGCUUCGUGGCAGAAGCGUUAGCGCGAAUGCGAAAUUUAAGGCAAAACCUGUACCAAAGAAUCUUUUUAGUACCGAGAUAUACGAUCGUAUGCUCGAAGAUGAGUACUACAGGCAAUUACAAAAAAAAAUAAGAGCUGCUCAACUGAUGAAAUCUUCUUCCUUACCACCGUCAAUGGCGAGACGAGAGCGCGUCAAGUCUACGUGUACGCGUUUGCGGAGUACAAUGAUGAACGAGAAUACUGAGAAUGGGAAUACUUCGCGACUGUCAAGUAAUACUUCAAUACCAUUAGAAGGAUAUAGAUCUAUGAUGUCACUUUUACCAUUACGGGGAAAUAAUUUAGCGGCGAUUUUAAGAUGCCAGAUGUCACGGGAAAAACUAGAACGUGAAAUAAGAGAAAGAAUGGAAGAGAAACGAAAGGAGCAAGAAAUGAAACUCAGAGAAUCUUUAAUUGGACGUAAUCCGGUAUGGAGAGCCUUAAGAUCAGCAGCAAGGCACGAACACGAGCGAGAUCUUAACAUUAGAACCUCGCUUCGUCGCGAUGAAGCACGCGAACAGGCAGAACGACAUCGUUUGCAGAUGGAAAUGAUGAUAGAUCGUGUGACGCAAAUACCAACUCUUUUCGAACGUCAUUCUCAGAGUUAUCAGUCGUUGAUAAAGGCACAACAGAAGGAUGGUGCAAAGUUAUCGCACCGCAGGAAGAAAAAGAAGUCGCAUAAACAUGCAUCCAAUAGCGUAGAUUCGUAUAUUAAUUGCGAAAAUGUUUCUCGACCGGAUUCUGGAUCGAUAACUAGUUCUUCAGGAACUUCAUUGUCCACAAGUCAGUCGACUAAAUCGUCGAACACAGACACAUCGAAGGUUUCUGAAAGAUCUACAACUAAAUCUCAAGGUUCAUUUUCCAAGAAGAAGGGAGAUCGUAGUCAAUUAAAAGUUUCUAUAAAUGAGACUGCGGAGUUAAUUGAAGAUCAUGACAGAAAUGAAAAAUUACCUGAUAACGAACAUUUCUAUAGCGACAAACACGAGGAAAGAGUAUUUAGGGAUGAUGAACAUACACAAAAAGAUAAUUAUUAAUCAUUUGUCAAGCAAAAAUUAUGUAAAAGUUUUAAAAG